CGUCCGCGGUCCCGCCCGCCCGCCCGGCGGGGCGGUGGUGGCUCCCGCCGUGCCUCCCGGCGCAUAAAGGCGGGCGGCGGGGGCCGGCCGGGGGUGUGGUGGGGUGGCAGCCGGCGAUGGAGCAGCCGGUGCAGACGGAGAUGUGGAAGGCGCGGAGCCUGGAGGAGCUGGUGCGCAUCCUGCACCGGCUUUUCGCCGAGGACAAAGUCAGCGUGGAGGAGGUGCAGGCGCUGAUGGAGUCGUACGAGAGCAACCCCGAGGAGUGGCUGCGGUACGCCAAGUUCGACCAGUACCGGUAUACAAGAAAUCUUGUGGACAAUGGAAAUGGAAAGUUCAACUUGAUGAUCUUGUGCUGGGGUGAAGGGCAUGGCAGCAGCAUCCAUGAUCACACUGAUUCACACUGCUUUAUGAAGAUCCUCCAGGGAAAUCUAAAGGAGACUCUGUUUGAAUGGCCUGAGAAAAAAGGGAAUGGUGAAAUGACUAAGAAAUCAGAGCGAGUUUUGAGAGAAAAUCAAUGUGCCUAUAUUAAUGACUCCAUUGGCCUGCACCGUGUGGAGAACAUAAGCCACACAGAGUCUGCCGUCAGCCUGCAUUUGUACAGCCCGCCCUUCGACAGCUGCAACACCUUUGACCAGAGGACUGGACACAAGCACAAAGUUAAGAUGACCUUCUACAGCCAGUUUGGAGAAAGGACUCUCUGUGCAACGGCAGUGCCGCAGGAGAACAACUGAGAAGCACCAGCACACGUUUGCACAAGACCUGCUGAAUGUUGAACUGGGGACAGAAGACUUGCAUGGCUCAGGCCGGCAGCCAUCUCUAUUUCUAUACCUUGUACAUAGACCUACACUAGGGCAGCUUCCAGCAAACCCUGUUCCCUGAGUGAAUGGUGAUCAUGGGCACUAGGCUAACUAGUGCUGUCAACUACUUCAGAGGUUAGAUGUCUUUCCUUAGGCUACUGCCAAGUCAGAAUUAAGUAGUUUGUUUUCUGAUUCUAGCCUCCUUUUAAUUUCACUUCUGAAACCACACUGAGAAUAUCAGAAAUAAGGUUUUUAAAUAUCUGACACUACUUAAUAGGCCUACAUGUAUGUAUGCUCUCAGUGUACUUAAUAAACACAUAAACUUCUAAGCUUCCAGUCACUUGUACCUAUGGGUAGCACACUAGAUACAACUAACAGCAGAUUUUUGUUAUUGUCUUCUAGGUUUUAAUGCUCUAGGCCAUUUUGUUGGUUUUGUGCAUUUUUUACUUUUUUUUUUUUUUUUUUUUUUUUUACAAUUUCAUUUGUCAGAUCUUGUUUUAAAUAGGAGCAGCAAAAUGCUUCAUGUACAAUGAUUUUCAAAACUGAUUGGGCAGAAAUUUGGGAUUUUAAUAAGACUAAUCAAACAAUGCAUCUAAUGUCCAGUUUCCAAAGUGUUCUGUAUAGCUACUGAAGUCCUUUCAGGUAACUGAAAUAAAACUGGAUUUGUGCAUAAA